AUGGCGACAUCACUUGGUCCGAGAUACUUAACGUAUCGUUGGCAAGCGAUAUGCUUUCUGGCCUUACAAGAAGCUGCUGAAGCAUUCCUCGUGAGCUUAUUUGAGUCGGCUCAACGAUGUGCAAUUCACGCUAGACGUGUUACAGUGAUGGCUAAAGAUGUCCAACUAGUGACAGAUUUACAAAACAUCCCAACUGCGUCAAGUUAUCAACAAUUUCCAUUGACGACGAUGACGACUAAUCGACCCAUGUUGACAGCACCACCGUGUCCAUCGAAUAGGAAGAAUCGGAAUAAUAAUAACAAUGAUGAUGACGAUGAUAAUGGUAAUAAUGUGAGAUGAUGACUGUCUUCCUAGUUGAUUUUAGUGAUUCCAGAAUCACUACUGUUGUUUUAUCUCCGAUCCCCAUUCCGGUUCACUUCUCUUCUUGUUCCAGUGUACAUCAACAAUCCUCGCCCACAUUCACUCUUUGUGAUAGAUAAUAUAUCUAGUCAACUUCUAUUGUUUUUCGAUUUGACUACUGUUGUUUUUGCCCCACAUACAUUUCUGUUUGUUACCUGUCUCUUUUUCUCUCACUUCCUGUGUGUGGUACAUUGACAUGGCGAGUGGAAACUGGAACUGGUGCACAUCUGUGCAAAGUUCUAGGUUGAAACUAGUCAGUCAAUCCUCCUGCCCCCACACAACUGCUACCUUCCUUGCCUGACCCUCUGUUCUAUUUGAUCUUUGCCUAAUUCCCAAAAACUUUGAUAUGUUUUGUAGAUACAGUGUGUUCUCCUUGUUAUUUGUUAUGUUAGGUUAUAUUUUUGUGAAUGCUCCAUUACUACUUUUAUAUUCAAUGGGAUGUAUUUUUGUGUUUUCGCGAUGACCUACCUUAUUUGUACAUAGUGACUUUAAAUGGCGUAUGGCUUUACAACAGUCUGAGUCUGUCUGUCUGUCUCCCUGUCGGUGAACAGACUUUUUUGUAGAUAAUUACUACUGGUGUUGUAUCAUGGAAUGUUUUCUAUUGUGAUUGAAAACAAUUGUGUCUCGAAUG